AUGACGAAGACGAACGUGAAGAAUCUUCACAGCGAAGUACCAAACGAAGAGGCCAUCGAUUCUGAGAACCACUACAAGGGCUGGCCAAAUGCCGCGGGGUUCGAUGUGCGUGGUGAUACCCGAACAAAGAUCGAACUUCCAAUAUCUGGCCAUUUUCCCAACUAUGUAGCUGGAUCGCUCUACAGGACAGGGCCUGGCCAGUCAAAAGUUCCGUUGGCGAAUAAGGGCCAGGACUUCGUUAUCAGCCACUGGUUUGACGGUUUCACCACCAUCCACAAGUUCGACCUUGCCCCAGGAGACAAGGGACGAUGCAGCCGAGCUACGUACUCGUCGUACAACCAAACAGAUGAGUUGAUCGAGAAUGUGCGAAAGACUGGCAAGAUCGACGACAUCACCUUUGCACAAAAGCGUGAUCCUUGCGAUUCGUUGUACAAGAAGCUGAAGACAGUCUUCCGUCCGAGCAGCUCACCUCCAGGAGCUCACAAAGAGAACAUCGGUGUGGACUUCAGGGAGACACUGCCUACUGAAGCUGACAAGACGGACCAUAACGGCCGUCGAUUGUUGACUGUUGUCAGCGAUGCCACUGUUGCGAAGCAAUUCGAUGCCGACACUCUAGAGCCACUUGGAGUGACCGAUCAACAUCAUAUACACAAGGAUCUGACUGGGCCACUCUCUGCUGCUCAUGCGUCACACGAUCCAGAGACUGGCGACAUCUUCAAUUACAAUCUCGCAUUUGGACCAAAAUCCUCGACGUAUAGGAUUUUCUGCGCAAGCCCGACAACAGGUGAAGUCGAAGUCUUGGCGACUCUAUCCGGCUACGACAUUAGAGGUGCCUACAUUCACUCGCUACUUCUGACAGACAGCUUCGUCAUUCUAUGCAUUUGGCCGGCAUACUUCAGACAUCAUGGCGCGAGCCUUCUGUGGGAAAGAAACAUGCUCGAUGCAAUCCAGCCUUGGUCCAAACAUCCUGAAGACCCAGCCAAUCGAGCCACCUGGCUUGUAGUCGAUGGUCGACAGGGACGUGGUCUUGUUGGAAAGUUCCAGUCUCCCCCGUUCUUCUGCUUUCAUACCGUCAACGCUUGGGAGCAGCCCAGUAUCGGAGAUCCAACGAGUGUAGAUCUUGUGUGCGAGUUGUUCCAGUUCGACAACACGGACAUCAUGCAUCAGCUGUACCUCAAGAAUCUCGUCUCCAAUGCACCUGGGGCCCACAAUCUUCCAAUGGAACGCAGUUUUGAACACGCCGGACUGGCUCGAUACAAGCUCAAGUAUGUUCCGCUGUCUGGCAAAGUCAAGCUGCCAGAGUUUCCAUCGCAAUUCCCCAAAGCAGAGAACAUCAUGUACAUUCCAUCGCCUCAAUCCGGAGAUCUCCCUCGCAUCAACCCCAGCUACUCUCUCAAACCGCACCGCUAUGUGUGGGCCGUAUGUGAUCGCGGCAAGUCGUCCUUCGUGGACGGCAUCGUCAAGACGGAUACGCAUAUGCAGACAUGUACGUACUGGGAGAAGGAGAAGCAUACCCCUGGCGAGCCGAUCUUUAUCCCUAAUCCGGAUGGUAAUACAGAGGAUGACGGUGUCAUUCUCUGUGUGGUACUCAAUGGCGAGACGGGAAAUUGCUAUCUUCUUUGCUUGGAUGCGCAGAAUAUGACGGAGAUGGGACAUGUUGAAUUUGGGGCGGCGAUUGGGUUCGGGUUUCAUGGGAAGCAUGUUGCUGCUUCGAGGACGUAA